AUGGCUAAAAUACUCCAUCGACCAAUUCGUGCACUUACUUAUCCAGAAGACAGUUCACUAGGGAUAUUUUUUGCAUUAGCAGUACCUCUACCAGAUCCGGAUAAAUCAGUAUCAGUCUCAUAUUUUUUUGAAGCCUCUUACCAACUACCACCCAACUCUACAUUAUUCGCGCCCUGGAAUGAGAAACGGCGCAAGCGAUCGAUAGAUCGUAAAACAAUUUAUCAGAUUAUUGAAAAUAAAUUUGAGAGUUUUGGAUUUUCCGGGCAUUCGUGUUUAUUGAGAUCAAUAUGCGAGACUUUGAAAUUUGAUUUGAGUGAGAACGGGAUUUUAGGCGAUAUCUUUAAUGUUGUAUUUAUACCGUCGACUUCUCAACAGGAGAAUUUGCCGCAGGACAUUGUCGAGGCUGAACUAAUCGGACAAACUAGGAACUGCACAAAAUACCAUUGGAAUUGUCCCGUGGGGCUCUUGGACUUGAUUGGAAUCCUCGUGUAA